GACAGCAGUGCAGUCGGCUCAGUGUGUCUGCAAUACACUCUAGGAGAUAAAUCUGUAAAGAAUGGGCUGACCUUCAGUCUAAACUCUGACAUGGACAGUGGCCUCGCAAUCCACAGACUUGGGGCUUGUACUCUAAUCCGCUUCUUGGAGGGCCAAGAGAGGGGGAGAGCACAGGGUAAAGAGAAGGAGGUGCUGAACCAGAGAUUAAUUAAGCUGAGCACUGAAUCUGGAGUGAGCUGCUCCCACACAGCCUUCAUCGCCAUCAACAAAGACAACAAACAGCCGGUCCAGGGUGCUCUACUAUGCAGGGAUAUCCCUGGGAAGAGGGUUGAGUGUCAAUUUGACUUACGUUGUUUGAGCAGCCUACUAUCUAGAGACUACAAUCUGUUUCCUGAGGAGCCUACAACCUACAGCAUAGAACCAUUGGUGUUUCGAGACAAGCCAGCACGUCUCGACACACCAAAUUAUAGAGCAGCCCGUUUCUAUGAUCCAUAUGCUUCGUCAGAGCCUGUCUCUAAGCCAAAAGAGGAUCCUAUGCUAAUGAUGAUCACUCUUCAGAAAGCAAAUGGAUCCUGGGAACUUAACAAGUCGGUAGCUUCUGUUUUGGGAAAAACAAAGAAGGAGGUGACCAGCAAGAUGCCUAAAGAGGCACUGAACACCAACAUAUGGGCAACAGUUCUAGCUCUGCUGUGGUUAUAUGGAUUCAAACUGGAUUUCAAGGAUGAGUGGCACUUUGUGGCAAUGAAAGCAGUGUCCUGGAUUAAAUCCCAGUCAGACUUUCUCAUCACUAUCAUUGACAUGCCAGAGGGAGACAGUCACAAUCCAAAUAAAAAGAAUGACAACCCAUAAACAAAUUUUGCUUUUUAUUUCUGGUUAAAAGUACAGUGAAGUGUUGGAAAUACAGUUUUAAUUACUGGUGUAGGACUAUAUCCAAGA